CCCGCCGCCCUGCCUGCGCGGGCGUGCGCGGCUCGGCCGCAGCGGAGCGCGGGGCUCCGGAGGGCUUCGCGCUGCCUCGCUCCCCUCCCCGCGGCUCCCCCACCGCCGGGCUGGAUAUGUGGAUGCUCACGUGAAGAUGGAUGUAGCGAUCGGGCUGCUGGGGCUGCUGACGGUUCUGCUGGAGGGCAGCUCCGGGCAAGGGGUGUACGCCCCCCCCACUGUGCGUAUCGUGCACUCAGGCCUGGCGUGCAACAUCGAGGAGGAGCGCUACUCGGAGAGGGUCUACACCAUCCGUGAGGGUGAGACGCUGGAGCUGACCUGCCUGGUCACCGGCCAUCCCCGACCACAGAUCAGGUGGACCAAAACAGCGGGAAGUGCCUCUGACAGAUUCCAAGACUCGAGUGUCUUCAAUGAAACGCUGCGGAUAGCCAACAUCCAGCGCCACCAAGGAGGCCGCUACUACUGCAAGGCCGAGAACGGCCUGGGCUCACCGGCCAUCAAGUCCAUACGAGUGGACGUGUACUAUCUGGAUGACCCAAUAGUGACAGUCCACCAGAGCAUCGGUGAAGCAAAAGAGCAGUUUUACUAUGAGAGAACUGUGUUCCUCAGGUGCGUGGCCAACUCCAACCCGCCCGUCCGGUACAGCUGGAGACGUGGCCAGGAGGUGCUGCUGCAGGGCUCUGAUAAGGGAGUUGAGAUCUACGAGCCCUUCUUCACACAGGGGGAAACAAAGAUCCUGAAGCUGAAGAACCUCCGGCCUCAGGACUAUGCCAACUACAGCUGCAUCGCCUCAGUGAGGAAUGUCUGCAGCAUCCCUGAUAAGAUGGUGUCCUUCCGACUCUCCAACAAAACAGCAUCCCCUUCCAUUAAGCUCCUGGUGGAUGACCCGAUAGUGGUGAACCCUGGAGAAGCGGUCACCCUGGUCUGUGUGACAACAGGAGGGGAGCCAGCCCCCAGCCUGACGUGGGUGAGGUCUGCCGGCGGCCUGCCUGAGAAGACUGUCCUCAAUGGUGGGACAUUGACCAUACCGGCCAUCGCGUCAGAGGAUGCUGGCACCUACAGCUGCGUCGCCAAUAACAACGUUGGAAAUCCUGCCAAGAAAUCCACCAACAUCAUCGUAAGAGCCUUAAAAAAAGGACGUUUUUGGAUCACCCCUGAUCCAUAUCACAAAGACGACAACAUCCAGAUUGGGCGAGAGGUGAAAAUCUCCUGCCAGGUGGAAGCUGUCCCUUCGGAGGAGCUCACAUUCAGCUGGUUUAAAAAUGGGCGGCCCUUGCGAAGCUCUGAAAGGAUGGUCAUCACACAGACUGACCCCGACGUAUCGCCUGGCACCACCAACCUGGACAUCAUUGACUUGAAAUUCACAGACUUUGGGACGUACACGUGUGUCGCGUCUCUGAAAGGAGGUGGCAUAUCGGAUAUCAGCAUCGAUGUCAACAUCUCCAGCAGUACAGGUAAGGAGGCUUUCUCUGCUUUCAGUUUUGCAUCUGUGUAGCCAGCUUAUAGCUUUCCUCGACUCCUGGGAGAAAAAGGUGAAUACGCAGUGCUUCUCAAUAUUGGGAUAUCCAAGCAUGAUAUAAAUCGUGAGGUGAGUUGCUUUGAUUAAAAGAUUAAGUGGCACGUGAUGCUCUCUUCCAAGAGCACACAAAGGUCUGAUUUAUUCAGUUAUGCCUGCUUUUAUUGUCAGGAAAGUUAUUGCUUCUGAGAAAGGUCUUUAUUGGCCUUUAUUUUGGACUUAGAGGCUGUCUGGAGUCAUCAAAAACUAGCUGGUAGGAAAUGACACAGAAAAGCGGGUGGGUGUUAUGUUAAGCAGACUGAACCCAUCCAGCUGCUCUCAUCGAACAGCGAGUGCCAAGAACAGCGGAAGGAGUUCUCUUUUUUCUUAAGGAUUAUACACUGCUUGUUGGUGGAUCAUGAGAUUCCCAACAGGGAAGAAGUUUAAGAUACCUAUUAUGCGUAUUUCCAGAUCAGUGACUGAAAUGUCUCUCUUUUGCAUGAGCUAAAACCUUGGCUAUUACCUUGACUGAUAAUAAAUGCCUUGUUGUGGCUGUGGUGUAGGACUGUGUAACACAACAUUAAUUCUCAGCUUUUCUUUAUCUCUUUGCUAAUAGCUUGCUUAUAACCAACACAUUUCUCAGGCUUUUUCCCCCAGUAGUGGAGUUUAAUAACUGAGGUAGCCCAUGUUAAUAUCAUAAACCAGAGAGCAUUCUGAAUGCAGGACUUUUUCCUCCUGAAAAAUCAGCUAAAGCCAAAAAAUAAGGGUUGGCAGUUUGAUUUCUACAGAAAUAAAACAGCAAACAGAAACAAGCCAACAAACACUUCUGUUUUCAGAACACUAUUUAAUGUUAAAACACGGAGACAAAGAGUGUCAGAAUUACAACUGCUCUCCGUGUUGUCUUUUAUGUGAAGCACUGCAGUGCUUCCCUCAGACUGUGCAUGUCAUUGACUGGGGUAAGGCACGCUGUUUAGACAUGAUACAACAAAGAACAAAUUGAAAACCAUUUCUGUAGCGUGGAAAGAAAAUGUUUAACAGACAUUUUCUGACCCCUUUUUACCAAACACAUUCAAGAAAUUGCUUUCUACUUUUUCAGAGAGAUUAAUUGCAUUCCGUUGCAUCAAAUACGUCCAUAUUUCUAUUAUUUUCUCUUCUAGUAUUUUUUUUGUUUCACAAAUACAUAUCAUGUCUAAACAAUCUCACAACUGUCAUGAUAAAUUAUUGCUUAGGCUGUAAUCUUGGAACCUGCCAUCCAUCCUCAGUAAGACAGUGGUGCCGAUAGGAGAAUGGUUUUGCUUGCUGGUGUUGCAUUUCAUAGAGCAUGCAGGGCUUCCUCAGGACCAGUGCAGUUCUGUGUUGGCAAACUGUCCUGGUUUGGCCCUGAGCAGACAGCUUAGGAGACCUCAUUUCCUUGGUUCCUCCCAAGUUGACCUGUAGGUUACAAGUGUGUUGCACACGUGGUUUUAUCAGUGACAUGGCAGAGAUGAGAGAUGUAUAUGGAGAUGUUUUGACCUGUAAUAAACAUAGGGAACAAAUAAACAAAAUGAACUCAGGUAAGUCCAUGGGUCUGGAUAGGAGAUUUCUAAGGGACCUGACCAGGGCCACUUUAUCAUCUCUGAAAAUUCACAGUGACCUAACGAUGUCCCAUGAAGACUGGGAACAUGCAGACUUCAGCCUUUCUUCUAAAAAGGGAAGGAGAUGCAAGGAAGCCCAGGUGCCCAGCUCCACCUCAGUUCCUGUGAUGAUCAGGGAGCAAAUUGUGCCUGGCCCAACCUGGCUGCCUGCUGGGAUGGAAACCUGGGUCUGUGGGCAAGGAAAGGGAGGGGAAGCUGUUCGCAUUGGCUUCAGCAAAAUCUUGACAGCAGAUUUUGUAGCUUCUUUGUAGAUAACCGAAGUCUGGUUUGGAGAGGUGGGAUGAACUAUAACACAUGUUGUAAAAUGAGAUGCAAGGAAUUGUUGGUCACUGAUGCAAAGCCAAAUUUUGCAUGCGUGUAAGUGAACAGGCAGUCAGUGCUGAUGCAGUUCACCUCUGCAAUAUUUCCACCCUGAAACAUAACACAUACAUAUAUAUAAACCUUGCGAGACGGGAGGAAAAAAACACACAUUCCAUUUAGUUUUGUUCUUGUUUUGAACAUCUUGCUUCUUUUUAUGAAAUUGUGCAACUGUCAUUUACAAGUAUUUAUUGUUCCUGCUUGAUAAAUCCUGAAAUGAUCUUUUUUGUGCACUCGUAAUUAACUUCACAGUGGCUGUGCUGGAGUAGUGCAGGGACACUAUUAAUGCACAUCUCGCUAACAGGUUCAGAACUGAGUUGUAAAGAGAGGAUUGUUACAGAGUAAGUGCCAAGUUUGCAUGAUGGGAGUUGGAGCUUGAUGAUGCUUGAGGUCCCUUCCAACCCAAGCCGUUCUAUGAUUCUAUGAUGGAUAGCAAUGAUAUGCAAACUUUGUUGCCUGCUUGCUAGGAUGAAGCAGACAGUGAUGUCUCCGCAGUCAUGCAUUUCCACCUGGCAGAAAGUGCCAGCUGUACUAUCUGUACUCACUGGGGAUUCACUGGGGACAGCAACAGGAUGGAUUGGAAGCACGGGUAGAUGGCUGUACCUGUAACCCUGUCAGAGCUCCCACCAGUGGUGAUGGAUUAUGUCAGCCCUAUUGCACUACCCUGCAAUACUCAGGAAAAUCAGAGCAGGUAGAAAAGCCAUGCGCUUGGAAUCGGCCUCGUUUAGCAUCUCUGAAAGAAAUUCUGCCUAUUUGUGUGACUUCAUUACCUGAUUAAGUGGAAGCUGAAAUAGUUUCAGCGCACAUUUGAAGGUCAUUACUGAUUCAUCAAGAAUCAUUAGUGCCGUGGUAAUUGUGAACAUAAGGCCUGAGCGCAAACACGUUUUUUUCCAAAUGCCAGAGCUGGCGUUGGAGGCACCAAGUGCUGUGCUGGGUGCUGCUUCAUGGGCUCUGGGAUUGCUCCCUGUUCCUCAUGUCCAUCAGGCUCCUUCUGGAGCCACAAAGCCAGGCAGGGGCAGCUGCAUCUUCCCAAAAGAGGCAGGGGAUGUCUGGGUCUCCAGUAGCAGCAGGCUGGGCAGAGACACCCAGGCAUGGUGUGCCAGCCUGCUGGCAUGCUCAGCAUCAUGCUCCAGCAGGAAUGCUUUUUCCCUUGAUGUUUUGUACUUCCAGCAGGAAAGGCGUGUGAGUACCUUGUCUAAAUGGACCUGAAGUAAUCCCCUUGCAGCCUCCCCACUACAUCUCCGUAAGUAGGUCACUGAAUUGUGGAAAUAGAGACUCAAAGCUUGCGUCUUUGUCCUCUAAAAGCCCUGCCAGCCAUAAAACCAACCCUAGGCAAAAGCUGAAUGACAGGAUGGCUUUUUUAUGUGUGUUGUGGGGGAUCUGAAGGCAAGAGAAGUUAAUACAGCAAAAAAAAAAAUAAAUCAAAAACCAACAGCAAAAUGGGCUCAAGGUAACCCAAAAAGAGGUGGAUCAGAGGAGUGUGUGUGUCUUCCUUCAUAAUCGUUUGCUCUGUCUAAAUAUCAUAUUCAGAGAAGGAAAAAUAAGGCUUUAGGUCACGUAUGUUCUGCUGUGCUCAGUGUGGGUUCUUACUCUGUCCCUAUCCGCCUAAAAUCAGUAUCAGUACUGCAGGAGACAUAACAUCUGUCACUUCUGGCUUUUUCUCUUCUCAUCUUCCCCCUGGAGGCCGCAUUGUGCACUGAAAUGAGUGGUGCUUUCAAGGGGGUUAUUUUAACUGUUCUCUCUGGAUGCACUGCCCUGAAUUGCUGUCAGAAGGGCUGGGUGAAGUGGCUGAUGCUCCGGGCGGCAGGUAGCGGUGACCUUUCUUUAACUAAAAGAGCUCUUUCUACUGGUUCAGCCCAGAGUGGGUACAAUUGGAUACUCUACCUAAAGGGAGCCUACAAACAGGAGGGGAAUCAACUCUUUG